AUGGAUAUUUCAUUGGACAGAAAGACAUGCUCCAUGAUCGACAAAGGAAUAGCAGGAAAGUUUGAGCAGAUGUCCAUUAUGCUAAAAGACUCGGGGCUUUAUGUGCAGGCUGUAGACAAACCAAAGAGCAUGGUUAUUGACCACUACGUAGACAGAAUUCUCCUGGAGCCAUAUGUUGUGGAAGAGGUCGUGGGCACAACUAUACCGUACACAAAAUUUCUUCUGAAUGGCAUGGAGCGCCUGGCUAUACUGAGAAAAGGAAGUCUUCUGAAAAUGACAUGGUCUGGCGAAGGAGUUUUUCUAGAAAAGCAUCUGUACACUCUCGAUUUUGAGUGGGUUGAAGUGGAGUAUAACCUAGGCACAGUCAUGUUCUCGCUGCCAUACACGGGUCUUUCUCUUAUCCGGAGAAUUGGAGGAAAUGAGCUAGAAGUGCAUGUGAGCGAGAACAAGAUGGAAAUCCGCGCUAUUUCUGAGAAUAACGUCAUUCUGUAUACAAAUCUAGACACUCCUGUCAGCGCCGCGUGCUCUUUUACAUUGCUCAAGUAUCACUUAGACAGGCUUCCAAAAUGCGCAUACAGCUCAGCAGCCUUUAACAUAGACAAGCAGGGUCUCGUUAUUUUGUCUCUGGAGGCACUUGGCGUCAUUACAACGGUCACCAUAGCCACAGAGGUCCUGUUCUUUGACUAG